UCCCGCCCCAAGCGAGCGGCGCCGCCAGCUCCAACUUCUCCCGGAUCCGAGCUGAGCGGGGCGGCACGCCAGGGACACGGGUUGAUUGUGUAUUUUCGCCGCCUCUUUUUUAAAGAAACUUAUCGGGGCGGCCGGGGCGUCGCGCCCGCACCUGGAGGCGACGCCCGGGAUGGUGCUGCGGUCGCUCUGGUGGGUCGCGGCCGUGCUGGCGGAGAUCGGGGCCCCAGCGGUCGGACUGGCUGGUCGAGAAGAAAUGGUGCAAAUAGAUUUACCAGUGAGGAGGCACAGAGAAUAUGAGCUGGUAACUCCAAUCAGCACAAAUCUAGAAGGACAUUUUCUCUCUCACAUCCUGUCUGCAAAUCACAAAAAGAGGUCAGCGAGGGAUGUGUCUUCCAACCCUGAGCAAUUGUUCUUUAACAUCACUGCAUUUGGAAGAGAUUUUCAUUUGAGACUAAAGCCCAACACUCAGCUAGUAGCUCCUCGGGCUGUCGUGGAAUGGUAUGAGACCUCUCCUGUGGCUGAGAAUGUAACCAAUCCUGUGAAUGACCAUCAACCUGGAAGUGCUUCAGAAGGAAUUUGGAGAACGGAGCCUUUGCAGACUAACUGUGCUUAUGUUGGUGACAUCAUGGAUGUUCCAGGAACCUCUGUUGCGAUUAGCAACUGUGAUGGUCUGGCUGGAAUGAUAAAAAGUGAUAAUGAAGAAUAUUUCAUUGAACCAUUGGAAAGAGGUAAGCAGAUGGAUGAAGAAAGAGGGAGAAUUCAUGUUGUCUACAAGAGAUCAGCCAUAGAACAAGCACCUGUGGACAUGUCCAGAGAUGUCCACUUCAAAGAGUCCAACAUAGAAGGCAUUGAUCUAGGUGCAGUGUACAGUAGCAUUGCCCAGCAGGUGAAUGAGACCAUGAGGCAACGAAGACACGCAGAAGAUAAAUACAGCAUCGAGGUGCUGCUGGGAGUGGAUGACUCUGUGGUCCGUUUCCAUGGCAAGGAGCAUGUCCAGAACUACCUCCUCACCCUGAUGAACAUCGUGAAUGAAAUUUACCAUGAUGAGUCCCUUGGAGUACAUAUAAAUGUGGUCCUGGUACGCAUGAUCAUGCUGGGUUAUGCAAAGUCCAUCAGCCUCAUAGAAAGGGGAAACCCAUCCAGGAGCUUGGAGAAUGUGUGUCGCUGGGCUUGCCAGCAACAAAAAUCUGAUCCCAACCACUCUGAGCACCAUGAUCAUGCAAUUUUCUUAACCAGACAAGAUUUUGGACCUGCUGGAAUGCAAGGAUAUGCUCCAGUCACAGGCAUGUGUCAUCCAGUGAGGAGUUGUACCCUGAAUCAUGAGGAUGGGUUUUCAUCUGCUUUUGUAGUAGCCCAUGAAACUGGCCAUGUGCUGGGGAUGGAGCACGAUGGGCAAGGUAACCGGUGUGGCGAUGAGACUGCGAUGGGCAGCGUCAUGGCACCUUUGGUGCAGGCAGCCUUCCACCGCUACCACUGGUCCCGCUGCAGUGGUCAGGAACUGAGGCGAUACAUCCAGUACGUGCCUGCUGCAUGCCAUGGGCCUCUUUCCUAUGAUUGUCUGCUUGAUGACCCUUUUGAACAUGAUUGGCCCAAGCUCCCAGAACUUCCAGGAAUAAAUUACUCUAUGGAUGAGCAAUGCCGUUUUGAUUUUGGUGUUGGUUACAAAAUGUGCACUGCAUUCCGGACAUUUGACCCGUGUAAACAGUUGUGGUGCAGUCACCCUGACAACCCCUACUUCUGUAAGACUAAAAAGGGACCCCCGCUGGAUGGCACAGAGUGUGCUACUGGGAAGUGGUGCUACAAAGGACACUGUAUGUGGAAAAACACCAAUCAGCAGAAGCAAGAUGGCAACUGGGGCUCCUGGACCAAGUUUGGCUCCUGCUCCCGGACAUGUGGAACUGGUGUCCGUUUUAGGACCCGCCAGUGCAACAACCCCACACCCAUCAAUGGUGGGCAAGACUGCCCCGGCGUUAACUUUGAGUACCAGCUUUGUAAUAUGGAAGAGUGCCAGAAGCACUUUGAGGACUUUAGAGCACAGCAGUGCCAGCAGCGGAACUCCCACUUUGAGUUCCAGAACACCAAGCACCACUGGCUGCCACAUGAGCACCCUGACCCCAGGAAACGAUGCCACCUGUAUUGCCAGUCACGAGAGACAGGGGCCACGGUGUCCAUGCGGCAACUGGUGGCUGACGGUACACGCUGCUCUUAUCGGGACCCGCACGGUGUGUGUGUGCGCGGCGAGUGCGUGAAAGUUGGCUGUGAUAAAGAAAUUGGUUCCAACAAGGUUGAGGACAAGUGUGGUGUCUGUGGAGGAGACAAUUCUCAUUGUCGCACUGUAAAGGGGACAUUUACGAGAACUCCCAGGAAGCUUGGGUACCUUAAGAUGUUUGACAUCCCUCCUGGGGCUAGACAUGUGUUAAUCCAAGAAGAUGAGGCUUCCCCUCACAUUCUUGCUAUUAAGAACCAGGCUACAGGCCACUAUAUUUUAAAUGGCAAAGGGGAAGAAGCCAAGUCACGGACCUUCAUAGAUCUUGGCGUGCAGUGGGAGUACAACAUUGAAGACAACAUUGAGACACUACACACUGAUGGACCCUUGCACGAUCCUGUUAUUGUUCUGAUCAUACCUCAGGAGAAUGACACCCGCUCCUCCAGCCUUACAUACAAGUACAUCAUCCACGAGGACUCUGUGCCCACCAUCAGCAACAACAAUGUCAUCCAGGAAGAGCAGGACACCUUCGAGUGGGCUCUGAAGAGCUGGUCCCAGUGCUCCAAGCCCUGUGGUGGAGGUUUCCAAUACACUAAAUACGGAUGCCGCAGGAAAAGUGAUAAUAAAAUGGUACAUCGUAGCUUCUGUGAAUCUAGCAAGAAGCCAAAGCCUAUCAGACGAAUGUGCAAUAUUCAAGACUGUACACAUCCACUCUGGGUCGCAGAGGACUGGGAACACUGCACUAAGACCUGUGGCAGUUCUGGCUUCCAGCUCCGCACCAUCCGCUGCCUUCAGCCACUCCAUGACAGCACCAAUCGCUCUGUGAAUAGCAAGUACUGUGUCGGGGAGCGUCCUGAGAGCCGCCGGCCCUGCAACAGAGUGCCCUGCCCAGCUCAGUGGAAAACAGGGCCCUGGAAUGAGUGUUCUGUGACAUGUGGCGAAGGCAUUGAGGUGAGGCAAGUUCUUUGUAGGGCUGGAGACCACUGCGAUGGUGAAAGGCCUGCAUCCCAGAGAGUGUGUCAGCUGCCUCCCUGCCACGACGAGCCAUGUUUGGGAGACAAGUCCAUAUUCUGUCAGAUGGAAGUGCUGGCUCGGUACUGCUCCAUUCCAGGUUACAACAAGUUGUGCUGUGAGUCCUGCAGCAAGCGCAGUAGCACACUGCCACCACCUCAUCUGCCUGAAACUGCUGAGGCUCAUGAUGAUGCCAUCUUUAGCCCCACCAACCUCCCCCAUGCCCUAGUUAUCCCCACCCCAAUGGUUCCUUCCCAUGCAGAGAUGCCUGCUGAGAAAAAACCUGUGCAGAGUGUCUCUUCAGUGGGAAGCCCAAAUGCAAAUGCUGCUUUUAGGCCUGACAGCAGGCCUGCUGGUGCUAAUUCACCCCAGCCAGGGGCUCAGGCUAGAAGGCAGGCACUGAGCUUGCUCUCAGUACCGGCUUCCUCUGAUCGCUCACAUUCAGAGGUGGCUGCUGCUUCCUUCCUUGCAGUAAGUGACUCAAUAGAUAUUUCUCAGACAAGAACCUCAAGGAACGGUGGAAAGAUUAUCAAUAAGAGACGUCUAAUAAGCUCACCUACCAUAGAAAGAUGAGGAACAACCAGCAGGCAAAGAAUCGAAAGGUAACCUAGACAGCCUCCCUCAGCAUGGGGCAUACACCUUAUUCAAAGUGGAAAGUACCACAGGCCAUCAGCUCAUUUCAUGUGUUGGUGGAAAAACAAAAAGUGCUGGUUCACUUCCUCACUGCUUUCAUCCUCCUCUUCUACAUGGACUCAUCUGCCAGGAUUCAUUGGAAGAAAGCACCAAAGAUUAUUAACAGAAGGAAAGUAAGUUGCUGUGUUGGUUACUCUGUAAAGAAGAAAAGGGACUAGAAUGAACAGUGCAUAUCAACUGAUGUUUUUCUAUUAAAAAUAAAAAUUAAAGAGAUAUAAUAGUUUACACUUUUAAAAGAAACUUUGGAAAUGAGGCAGAGAAUUCUCAGACUUGCAUUGCUAUUUAUCUAUAGUAAAAAUUGUAUGAGCAAAUUUGCAGCUGUUGUGUAAAUAUUGUACAUUGCAGAAAUACAUUAUUGUAAGAGAUGUUCUCGAAAUAAUUGUUUACUAUCUUACAUUUCUGGACUUUCUAGGUGUCUGUCAUUGAGUAUCACCUUAUUUAACUUUAUUUGACAUUCCAUGGAUUGGCUUUCAAAGCAGAAUUACUACAGAGAAUUUAAAAUUACAGCUACUCACAAUAUAAGGUUUUGUUGUAUAAUUUUUUGUUAAACCAACAACAUGGUACUUAAAUUAAAGAAAAAGAGAAGCUUUGGUAAACAGAUCUCACUGUCCCCUUUGCCUUCUAUCCCUUUAAUUGCAGGUUGAGCACACUUGUGGUCACAGGGAACCGGAAGUGUGCCUGCACAAGACGACCCUGAAGUUCUAGUCAAGAUGUCCUGUGUUCUUGUGUUGUUGUUUUUAAAAUAUUCCCAUUGUUGAUAUUUGAACAGUAAUACUGUAAUAAACACAAAGAAAACACAGGGAUGAUAUGUGUAGCUUAGAAGCAUAUCAUGAAACUGGAAUUGACCCUUAAAUAUGGGAGUGCUUUGAAAGCAGGUUCAAGAAAGCAUUCAUCAGUGGUUAAGAUAUUUAUUGUCUGUAUAGUUCAUAGCCAAAUGAUCACAAUUAAAAUUUAUCUGACUGCAAUAACGUGCUCAUAACUACAUCAGUGAUUUCUUCACACACAGCAAAGCCAGAAAUGCUCCCUUCAAGGAGUAGAUGUAAAGUACCUGUAUAUAGAAUUCAGAACCGAAGCUAUUUAUUAAAAGUUGAU